AAUGAGUGGGAUUGAGAAAUUGGUGGAUACGCAUUGUCAUCCGACAGAUAGCGAUAAUGUAAAUCUGAGUGAGCAUACGAGAAAGAUGCAUGCUGUAUGUGCGAUGUCGACACACAUCGAAGACCAAGACAAGGUUAGAGAGUUGUACAAAGGAUAUCCGGAUAAAGUGAUACCUUAUUAUGGUUAUCACCCUUGGUGGUCGCAUUUGUUUACAUUUGAGGAGAAUAUAAGCAAAGAGGAGCAUUAUGAGAGUAUACUCCUGGACGGUAAAAAAGAUGACAUAAAGAGAGAGCAGCUGAGUGGCUUGCUAGAUACUCUACCCACGCCAAUACUCUUCCAAAAUCUUCUUAUAGACAUAGAAGAACGUCUGCAAGACAAUCCUCGGGCACAAGUCGGUGAAGUUGGAAUUGACAGGGUGUUCAGAGUGAAAGGUGAAGAUGGUAAACUGACAAUUCUGCAACCUUCAAUAGAGCAUCAGAAGAGAGUAGCAGUUGCACAAGUCAAACUUGCGAAGAAAUAUAACAGGUUAGUAAGCAUGCAUAGUGUAUCAGCUACACAGGGCUCUUUGGACAUAAUAAGGGCCGCUGAUUAUCAAAGAAUAGUCUUGCAUAGCUGUGGGAUUGGACACAACGCCAUAACAGCAGCUCGUAAGGAAUUUCCGGAUAUUUACUUUGGGUUUAGCAAAGCAAUAAACGCGCGUUCAAUGAGUUUAUUAGAGGAUAGUAUAUCGGUCACACCACUCAAUAGAAUACUCACAGAGAGCGAUUUCUAUGAUGAAGCUCACUUUCCAGUCCAAGUGGGAGAGAUGGUCGAUAUAAUAGCACGUAUAAAG